GAUUAUAACAGCUGAAUGGUGGCCAAUUGAAUGGCAACAUUACAGAAUAAACACAUUUAAAGAGUUUCAAAUGAGGACUCUUAUUUUGACGUUUUUACAAACAUUAGUUUUGCCCCAGGAAGUGCUUGGCCGUGUUCUCGCGUAUUUACAAAUAUGAACGGGAAAAGAUUAUUGUUUUGGAAGGCAGCUGACUAGCAACAAAAGCGUGCUGUUUUUCGACAAUUGACCCGACAUGACUGCUGCCAGACCGCUUGAGAUGGAGCGGCCAAGGCACCGUCCGUUUCUGAUCGGUGUUAGCGGAGGAACUGCCAGUGGCAAGUCAACAGUAUGUGCAAAAAUCAUGGAGUUGCUGGGCCAGAAUAAGGUGGACCAUCGUCAGAGGCAAGUGGCCAUCAUCAGCCAAGACAGCUUCUACAAAGUCUUGACACCUGACCAGAAGGCCAGGGCACUCAAGGGCCAGUACAAUUUUGACCACCCAGAUGCUUUCGACAACGAGUUGAUGUACCAAACCCUGAAGCAUAUUGUGGAGGGGACAGUGGUGGAGGUGCCAACAUAUGACUUUGUCACGCAUUCGAGGCUGCAGGACAGGAUAACAGUGUACCCGGCUGACGUGGUGCUGUUUGAAGGGAUCCUGGUUUUCUACUCACAGGAAGUGAGGGAUAUGUUUCACAUGAAGCUCUUUGUGGACACAGACUCUGAUGUCAGACUGUCUCGCAGAGUUCUGCGGGAUAUGAAGAGAGGCAGAGACCUGGAGCAGAUCCUCACCCAGUACACCACGUUCGUUAAGCCAGCCUUCGAGGAGUUCUGCUUGCCUACCAAGAAAUAUGCAGAUGUCAUUAUUCCUCGAGGAGUUGACAACAUGGUGGCCAUCAACCUCAUUGUGCAGCACAUCCAGGACAUAUUGAAUGGGGACCUCUGCAAGUGGCACCGUGGAGGAGCGGUCAACGGGCACAGCCGGGGCUUCAAGCGGGCCGCCUCGGAGCAGGGGGACCUGGCCAACUUCCCCCCAGGGAAGAGGGUCCUACUAGAGCCCAGCAGUCGCCCCCACUGAGACCAAAAUCAGUGUUUACUGUCUGUCAGUCUGUCUACUAUAUAUGUGUGUGUGUGUGUUUUGUAGUAUGUAUUUAGAAUUGAGGGUUGAUGCAUUUACUGACUAGGUUUGGGAUGGGAGAGAGCUGGGGGGGGUACUAGCUCCUGUAACUCACCUGCAGACUAUCCAAUCAGAUAGGGAGGCCUUGAUAAUACAUCCAAGAUGAUUAAUUAAUAUAUCACUGAUAUAGAUAUCAUGAGCAGGUAUGACAACUCUUUAUUUUUUAAUUACUCCGUCUUCCAUGUGUACAUUUUUAGCCUGCAGUGGUUUGACUACCUGCUAACAUAGGAGUGAGAUGGUAGAAAAAAAGCUUAUUUUUUUCCCUUUUUUAAAUGUCUGUUUUGAUUUUGGCUUUGUUUGCUGCUUAAAAUGUGUUAUAUUGUAUCUGAACAUGUGGAAAUCAGAUAAGUACAAUAUUUAUCACCUAAUGUGUAGGCUGUUUGGAUUGUGAAAUAUUUGCUGGAUCAUCCCUUGAUGCCAUGGUAAAUUCAUGCCUUGUGAGUUUAUUUUUUAAAGCAUUUUCCUAAUGACCAUGAUAUUUAAGAAAUAAAAUAGGUUCACUAUCA